AUGAAGCUACUUGCAGCCAUAGCCCUGACUGCCGCCUCAUCGAAACCCAUCAAGCACAUUGUCACCGCGAUUUCCGACGAAUCGUUCCUCUCUGUACUUCCUGCGACCUUCCACACCGUCAGUAUUCCUUGCACAAAGCGACACCCGAUUGACGGCACCUUUGUCCCCUAUCAGGCAUCUAGCAAUAUAAUCAACAGCCGAGCCAAACCCCUCGCCAAGAGCCUCGAAGGCGAUGAUUCCUACAAGCAGGGUUCCAAGAACGAAGACAGGCCCAAAAACCCUCAAGAGGAGAAGAGCCACCUUGGCCUCCCCAAGCGCGCCCAUGCAGCCGAGCCCUCCUCCGCCCUCGCCGAACACCGCCCCGACACCCGCUCCAUCUCCGGGAAGAAGAAUGCCGGGGGCUUUUUGAAGACCUGCGCCCCCAACUGGGUCAUCUGGGAGCUCAACAGCGCCAUCUGGGCCCACUGCCGCGGCAGUGGCGAGCGCCGAGGAAGACUCUUUUGGUCCCGUAUCGGCCUGGACCACAUGGUCGGCAACGAGCGCGGCCAGCUGGCCUACCGGCGGAACGGCUCCUUCUCCUCGACUUGCAUCGACUGCAAACGCUGGGGCACAUCUCACCUCGCGUGCAGGUGCCUGGACGGACGGGGCGACUUCCAGGCCACGAGCAUCAACCUCGACAAGUGCAUCGGUAACUAUGACGGCCUCCUUUGCUCUGAGUAUGAGUGCGGUGCCCGCGAGGCUCCGCCUCCUAAAGGAAACUGA